UAAGCACCUCCAAAAAUUAUCAGAUCUCCUUCCCAUUUUUGUUCUUUUUCGUGUUCUUUCAUUUCUUUUUCAUUUUUUCUAGAUCAUAAUUUCAUACCGGUGAAUUGGUCAAAAUUCACCGGAAAAGCUGAAACAAAAAGAAACCAUCCAAAUCUCAAAAACUGGUCACGGUUUUCGGAAUCGUACGGUUCGCACGAGUUCCUGUUUUUUUUCCAUAAGACGGUUCUAGAAACUUAAAAAAACCGCAAAACUAUGAGGUUCGAGAUUUCUCCGGUCGGAUCAUACGGUCCGGUCCGGGUUUCAAGACACAGCGUUGCACUUGGCUUCUUGCAUUAUUGUCAGCAUUGUUUAAACUUUUAGGCUGUGUUUGGAUGGGUGGAAUAUAGGGAGGAUGGAAAAUAUAAGAGGGAAAAUAGGGUGGAAAACUCAGUUUUCCACUGUUUGGUAUUGGGGAGAAAAUCAGAGGAGUGGAAAACCCAGGAGAAACUUUUCUCUCCCGGGCCCACAAAAUUUUUCCUCCCAAAUCGGGAGGAAAAUUAGUGAGGGAAAACUGCAUGAUUAUUAUUUUACCAAAAUACCCGCCCACCUACCCUCAUUCAUACCCUUCACCUACCCAGCUGAAGACUUUUGCCCACAAACCCACUUUCUCUCAUCUCCUCAUCUUAGCUUCAAACCGUCCAGUGGUCUAGCCAAGGGGUCUUUUGAUUUCCUCUCCAGCCGUGACAGUGGCCGAGGCUCUGUAUCUGUGCUUGUUAUUCGCCUUAAAAUUUUCAGUCAGUUCAGUCCACUACUCCACUGAUGGAUAAUUCAACUAAUUGGGAUAAUAGUCCACCGGAAGAUUUGAGUAAGAGUUGGGAGGAAAAUUGUCAAGAUCGAUUAAGAAAUAUUCAUGAAUUGAACAAAUUUGGUUUGCAACUUUUGACUGAUUGGCAGAGAAGACGAGAUGUAGCAAUUUUGCAACUUCUUGUACAUGUGGUGCAUGGAAUAUGGAUGAUGGGCAUAUAUUGUAGUCCACGUUAUGUGGAUAGAGUACUUACCGAAAGUAGUGCGGAAAGAGAAAAUGUUAGGCAAGAAUUACUAAGUGAACUUAGAUGCAAUAGGAAAUGUAGAGACAUAAUUUGAAUGGGGCCUUGUGCCUUUGCUAAGUUGUGUGAAAUUCUUCGAGGAAUUGGCUGUCUUAAAGACACUAGGAAUGCUUCUAUUGAAGAGCAAGUAGCCAAGUUUCUUUACAUUUUAGCACAUAAUGAGAGAAUCCGUACGGUUUCCUUUUUCUUUCGUCGUUCUAAUGAGAUCAUAAGCCGUCAUUUUCACAAUGUGUUGAGAGCAGUCAUCUACUUAGAAGAUCAGUUCCUUCUACAACCUAAUGGAGCAGAAGUUCCCCAACAGAUACGAAAUAGUCAUAGAUUUUACCCAUACUUUAAGGAUUGUGUAGAGGCUAUUGAUGGGACACAUAUUCGUGUAAAAGUGUCAGCAAAAGAUGCGCCUAGAUAUCGAGGGAGGAAAGAGUACACAACUCAAAAUGUAUUGGCAGCAUGUGAUUUUGACAUGAGGUUUACAUACGUUUUACCGGGAUGGGAAGGGACUGCCUCUGACUCGAGGAUAAUUAAAAACGCUUUAAGUAGGAAAGAUAAACUUAUAAUCCCUAGAGGAAAAUAUUAUCUAGUAGAUGCGGGCUUUAUGCUGAGAAGUGGACUUAUGGCGCCAUAUAGGGGUGUACGUUAUCAUUUAAAAGAGUAUUCAGCACGUGGUCCAAAAAUUGUUGAGGAACUAUUUAAUCAUCGACAUUCCUCUUUGCGCAAUGUCAUUGAAAGGACAUUUGGUGUGUUGAAGAAACGAUUUCCUAUUAUAUCUGGAAUGACAGAACCUUUUUUUCCAGUUGAUACAGUUACUGAGAUUAUCUUGGCUUGUUGUAUAUUGCACAACUAUCUUAUGGGAGUUGAUCCGGAUGAAAGGUUGAUUGCAGAAGUUGAUCAAGAGAUUUCGAAUGAAGACAUACAUAAUGAAGCUAGAAACAGUAGAAAUGAUAGUGAUGCAGAUGCUAGAAGAGGAGCAAUAUUACGAACUAGUAUAGCAACUAGAAUGUGGAAUGACUAUGUAUCGCAUGAUCAAUAAUUUUACUCAUUAUGUUAUGAGAUUUGACUUGCUUAUGUGUAUUUUUUUUUAUGGAAUAGUUUCGAAUGGAAUGACUAUUGCUGAACAUUUACCAAUAGUUGCUUUUGUACAACUAUUAUGUGUACU